AUGUAUCACCAAAGAUACGCAGACAGCCCCAUCGUCAACGCUUACAUCCCCACGCGCCGCGGAGACCCAUACUUCCAAGACAUGUACCUCUGGGUCCCCGUGCAACGGGGUCGGAGCACCGUAUCGCAGUUUUACACCGACAUGCUAAGAGCCAUCGACCGGGGCGAGGCGCACAUAAGCACCUCCCCUUCUGGCAGAAGGGCCGGAAGCACCUGGGCUCUGGCUAUCGAUCGUCAGGAUGUGAAUAACGAUAGGCGGAUUAUUCGGCAGUUCCAGAAUGAUAUUCACGAGUCCCAGCAGUAUGCCGCUAGUAUUAAUGCGGAAUGGGAGAGACAGUCCGCAAGGCAGAAUGGGGCGCCGAAUGGGCAUGGAAAUGGUCGGGCGAAUGGGCAUGGGAAUGGUUCGAAUGGUUACAGUAAUGGUCGUUCGAAUGGUUACGGAAACGGCCGCUCAAAUGGGUAUGGCGGGAGUAAUGGAUAUUCUAACGGAUAUUCUAAUGGCGAUGGAGGAAGAGGCCAUGGCGGCGGUAGACAUGGCGUUAACGGAUAUGGCCGCGGCUACUACUGA